CUUAAGAUCCUGUUUGGAUCUAUAAAUACCCAAUCUCCAAAUGCGCGUAAAGCACUCGAGAGAGAGGUGUGGAUCUUCGCUUCUCUCCUUCGUUCGUCUCCGCGUUAUAACCGCUCACAUUUCUCGCAGACGUGAAAAAUGGGGCUGACUUUCACAAAGCUAUUCAGCCGGCUUUUCGCCAAGAAGGAGAUGCGUAUACUGAUGGUUGGGCUUGAUGCUGCUGGUAAAACCACCAUUCUUUACAAGCUUAAGUUGGGAGAGAUUGUCACCACCAUUCCCACCAUUGGUUUCAAUGUUGAGACCGUGGAAUACAAGAAUAUCAGCUUUACUGUCUGGGAUGUUGGUGGCCAGGACAAGAUCCGCCCAUUGUGGAGACAUUACUUCCAAAACACACAAGGCCUUAUUUUUGUGGUUGAUAGCAAUGAUCGUGAUCGUGUGGUUGAAGCUAGAGAUGAGUUGCACAGGAUGUUGAAUGAGGAUGAGUUGAGGGAUGCUGUGCUGCUAGUAUUUGCAAACAAGCAAGAUCUUCCAAAUGCUAUGAAUGCUGCUGAGAUUACUGACAAGCUUGGCCUUCAUUCUCUCCGCCAGCGCCACUGGUAUAUCCAGAGCACAUGCGCCACUUCUGGUGAAGGACUGUAUGAGGGACUGGACUGGCUCUCGAACAACAUUGCAAACAAGGCGUAAAUGGCAUGAAUGAGUAAUACUGGCCCCUUUUGGAGUUCUGGAUGUCGAUCCCGUUUAAGUGUUUUGCCUUUUCGUAUUUCUUGUUUCUUGCAAACAUUGCCAUUUGUUACUUAUAGUUAAGAAUAACUGAUAAAUUUUCGGUUUCCCCUUGGUUUUAUCUCGAUAGCUGCCUAAGUUUGGGCUGUUCAUUCCUUGGUGGAAAUUGAUGGUUAGCCAGUUUCAUUGCUCUAAUGUUAAAAAUAUACAGUACAAGUUUUUUCUUUA